AUGACCGACGCGAUGACUGUGGACACCGCGUCCCCGAGCACUAAACGCCGGCGCUUGGACGGCAAUAUGGAGGAAGGGCGCUCAACUGCUGGACCCUCGGAGAAAUACAAGGAUCUCUGGUUGGACGAUGGGAAUAUCAUCUUGCAAUGCGCCGAGGGCGCCUUUCGCGUGCAUCGCUCGCUGCUUGCUGCCCAAUCCCAAAUCUUUCGGGACAUGUUCACUCUCCCACCGCCGGCCUCGGGAGCGAACAGCGAUGCACCGGUCGUGCAACUGAGCGACGAUACGGACCAGAUGUAUAUCCUUCUUCGGCUCCUCCUUCUGCACGAUGAUCCCAUCGACGACAACCCACAGUUCCUGGAUCAGAUUCUGGACAUCCUCGAGCUCAGCAACAAAUACAUGAUCACAGCUGCACGCAAAUCAGGUGUUGCUGCUCUUAAGCGCCUCUUUCCCAGCAGGCUAGAGGAUUACCAGACUACCGUUGUAACGCGGAGGAGGGUCGCGUCUUAUGCCGCUACUCUUCGCUGCGUAUCCUUGGCGGAGUCGCACGGGUUGCGACUGCUCCUUCCUGCGUGUUUCCUUCAUCUGGCAGACAGGUUUCAUCGCACCAUCUUCGACCUUAAAUCCAGCGCUCCUUGGCCAGCAGACAUACCCUUAACCAUAUACGUCACCGUCGUCCGCAGCCUUAAACAGCUAUUGAGGCUCAAGCGCGACAUCAUAGACGACUUCACUCGCGAUUGGUUGGCCGCCUGGUUCAGCGACGAACAUAAGCACCACGUCACAACUCUGUUGGAUUAUCUUGCCGAGUCGAAUGGACAUGUAUACUAUGAGGAUCGUCUCGACCUCUUCCAGCCAGCGUCUCUCCUGUCGUCUGUUGCUCCUGUGACUAUCGAGGAUGUGUGCGAAGAGUGCACCAUAGGUUGCGAUAACAAGCAACGUGAAGCAUGGGGUCCUGCAUGGAAUGCUCUGCCAUCUUACCUAGAAGGGUGUCGUGAAACGUGGAGGACAUUCCCAUACUUAUUGAAAGUGUCGCCAGGGAUCUCAGAAGGAACACAUACAGCGAUCGGCAAUGGCGAGGGCGUCGAGAGCAUUCCUUCUUGA